AUGCCCAAUUUUACUAAUGUAACAAAAUUUAUUCUUUUGGGAUUAACCAGUCAGCCUGAAUUACAAUUCCUCUUCUUUGUGGUUUUCUUACUGGUCUACAUUUUCACCCUGAUUGGGAACAUUGGUAUGAUCAUAUUAAUCAGGAUCAGUCCCCAGCUCAACAGCCCCAUGUAUUUUUUCCUCAGUCACUUCUUUGCAGAUAUGUGGUUCUCCUCUAAUGCCACUCUUAAGAUGUUGGAAAAUUUUACAUCUGAGACCAAAACUCUUUCCUACUCUUGUUGUAUAGUGCAGUGUUUUUGCUUCAUUGCCUUUGUCCACGAGGAAGUCUUCAUCCUUGCUGUGAUGGCCUUUGGUAGAUACAUGGCGAUUGGCAACCCUCUGCUCUAUGGCAGCAGAAUGUCAUGGACUGUCUGUAUGCGACUGAUCUCUUUCCCUUACAUAUAUGGCUUCUUUAUUAGUUUGAUCUCCACAUUGUGGACCCAUAGUUUGUACUUCUGUGGGAACAUUGAGAGCAACCAUUUCCACUGUGCAGACCCAGCUCUUAUUAAAAUAGCCUGUGCAGGAAACUUCAUUAAAGAAUACACCACGCACACACUGGCAGGUCUCAACCUCUCUUAUUCUUUAUUAGUCCUUAUCAUCUCCUACAUAUUUAUAUUUAUUGCUAUCCUAAGAAUGUGCUCAGCAGAAGGAAGAAAGAAAACCUUCUCCACAUGUGGAUCCCAUUUGACAGCUGUCACCAUAUUUUAUGGAACUCUCUUCUUCAUGUAUCUCAGAAGUCCAACUGAAGAGUCUGUGGAACAGGGAAGAAUGGUGGCUGUGUUCUACACCACAGUAAUUCCUAUGCUGAAUCCCGUGAUCUACAGUCUCAGGAACAAAGAUGUAAAGGAAGCCAUGAGCAAAGCAAUCAGUAGAACAUUUUUGACUAAAAAUAAUAGUAAUUUACAAUGUACUAUGAGACCCAUAGUUCAAUAG